AUGCUGGCGCAGCUGCUCGCCUUCCUCGGCGCACCGUCGGCCGAGGAGCUCGUUGACUUCGGCCACCACAUCGCGGACCGCGUCCUCGCCGACCGCUCCGGCGCUGGGGGCCCGCGCGUGCUCUUCGGUGGAGGCGUGUGGAUUGACGCCGCCCACGGAGGGCUCACAGACGCGUUCCGCGACGUCGCCGCCGAGGUCUACAUGUCGGAGGCGACAACCGUGAGAUUCGCCGAGGAGGUAUAG